AUGGAUAAAUGUUUAAUCGAUCAACAAAUUCAAAAUUCUCAAAUGUUUGAAGACCUCCGAGAUGAUCAUAAUUUGGCCAUGACCAUGUUAAGAUCAGAGGAGGAAGAAAUACUCAGUUUACAAAAACAAAUUAAAGAAUUGAAAUCUAAAAAGGAAUAUUGGAAAAAAAUUGUUGCAGAAGCGAAUAGAUUAACGACAACAGCACGUUGA